AUGGUCUUGCCUCCGUUUUUCAAGGAAGACACGGAGGCAAUCACUACACGUCGACACUUUUUGCCCAACACUGAAAGAAGGCUCGUUCGUGGAUCAUCCCCUGGCCAUGAAGAUGAGUUUGUCGUGGCACAGCUGGCUAGUAUCACUAAGAUACCAGGCCCAGACGACAUGAUGGAAGCUGAAGUGUGCAUGAUCCGCUCUCGUGUAUCAGCUACGGAUGAUGAUGGCACAUGGGACUGGGAGCUUCAUAAGAUACCCAUCCAGCACAAGGAGCAUCAAUACUGGAGACUCGUCGAUUGGUCGACUAGCGCUGUCACCACGUUCAACAACUGUAUUUGCUGGAUUUCCUACUACACAGGAGGUAUUCUAUUUUAUGAUGUAUUCGCAAAAACGCCUACCAUCUCUUAUCUAGGGUUACCUACCCAUCACCGUCCUGGAUACCGAGAAAGAGGUUUCCUUGAGGUGAACCGCAGCAUAUGUGUCACUGGUGGGGGUGAUGUUCUCAAGUAUACUUCUGUUGUUUGCACCGAUGGUCGGCUCUGUGGCCCACUUGAACAUCGCCAGGGUUACAAAAUUAUCACUGAUGUUUUGAAGGCAACGGAGAGUGUUGACAUGGAGUGGGACCGGGAUACGUUUGUGACAGCUUAUGAAUUCUGGCGUCACAACACCUCUGAGCGUCUCCCGCGCGAUGCUGUCCCCGAGUACCCUCUUGUCAGCAUGGACGACCCUAGUAUUAUACACUUUUUGCUGUCCGAGGAAAGAGAGAAGAUUAACAAGGUUUCGGUUGUUACGAUGGAUAUGGUUACCAACAAAAUGAUUUCAGUUGUUCCAUAUAUUAAAGGAGAGGAAGACCUCGAUGGCGAAGAUGCCGACAUGGUCAGAGAAAAAUCACACCUUCUCAAGUCCUUCCUUACAUCGGAGUUCCAUAUUGGAUCUGUGCACUGGAUUUAUUUUUAA